GUCAAAGGUGGCAUCAACCCAUGGUGACCAUAAUAUUUAUGUAAGUGAGGUAAAAACUGGACGAUGCAUCUGCACCCUCGAAGGUCAUCCCAGAACUCCCUGGUGUGUAGCUUUCCAUCCUGCCUCAAAUGAGAUAAUUGCCUCGGGAUGCCUAGGUGGUGAAGUAAGAGUCUGGGAUCUAAAGGGAGGCAGUGAAGUUUGGACCACAGAGAAAAACACAGUCAUCGCAUCACUAGCCUUCCACCCAACAGAUCAAGUACUUGUCAUAGCAACUUUUAAUGAAAUUUAUUUUUGGGAUUGGUUUCAACCACACCCUUUUGCUAAGAUAUCUACUGCAGAUGAAAAAGAGAAAGUCAGGUACGUUAAGUUUGAUCCACUUGGUCACAAACUCAUCACUGGCAUUGCAAACACAUCCCACGAUCGACAGAGCCAUGGGGCCAGUAGAACCAGUGGGUGCACAAAUGGCUCAUUCCCUUCACAUUCAGAAUUAGUAGAAAGGGAGCAGCAGCUUUCACAUCGUUACAACCAAUUAUCAAGCCAGUAUCUUAACCUGAUGUCACGAUAUGAAGCCCUUACCAGCAGAAAUUUUAAUAAUGUGCCGAGAACAUCCAGUAGAAUUGAUAGGGGCACAGACCCGAUAGAUCCACCUCCAACUCAAGGGCAACAAGCUCUGCUCAACCAGGCUAGACAGUUUGCAAGACAAGUGACUGAGGAGAGGAGAGCAACUUUACAAAGUCAAGAAUCAACAGGUGAAAUAUCAAGGAACAGAACCACAUGGGGGUCCCAAGACUUACAUUCUGGACGGGAUUCACAAGCCACUAAUGACCUAAAUGUGAGACUGGAGGAGGACUAUGGUCUUAGUGCAGUGCGGACUCUGAGACAGAUCAUUAGUGAUGACAGUGCAUCAUCUUCAAGUUUAGAUUCCAGCUCAUCUGCGACGAGUGGUACAAGUGGAAUCUCCGAGAGAAAUACUCGCCUUUCACUCCUGUGGACCUCAAGGCUUCACCGACCAGGGCAGGAUUCUGACAGUGCGGGAGAGGCUUCUAGUGUACAGAGUUUAGGGGAUAAUGCUGUCAGUGGGAUGGGGGAUCUCCGAGCACCAAUGGGUGGGGAGGAAGGGGUUACAGGUAGUAGGAGAGGAGACAAUUUUGUUCUUGAUCGUAGAAAUUACAGACGAACUGAUGAUAGAGGCAGUGAUGAGGAUGAUGUAACAGUAGGUCCUGUUGGACCAAAUCUUCGAUCAACAGGGUCUCAAUCAGAGCGUCAAGGUACUUUGUGGGGUUACUUCACAAGUAAUGGUUCUGUGAUCCAACCAGGACGCUCAAGAGUGCCUAGGGAAAACAGAACUGAAACAGAAAUUGAAAACAGUGGUAAUAACACUGCUGAAAAUGUUAUUGGUAGUGAUGAACCAGAAAACUCGCAAGAAAGUGCCGUACAACAAAGUGUUGAGAACAAUGGUGCACCUUCUAGUGAUCCACAUAUACUCUCUCAGAGUACAGGAACAGCUCCUGCAACAAGGGGAACUGAUCCUGUGAGACUCGGCAACACUGGGGAGAUUCCUCCAAGUGAUGCUAAUGAGGAUCUUGCAGUGCCUGGGCCAUCAGGGUUGUCUGGAAUGCCACGCUCUCAGAUGUCUUCACUUUCUUCUGCGACGAGGUACCCAAGGUCUUCGUCAUUAGAUCCACAGUUUGGAGUACAACUUCUUAGUCGUCACAUUGAGAAUAUGCAAAGAAUAUGCAGAGCACAUUUAGAAAUAACGCGGCAUAGACAUGAGAUACUUCGCCUUCAGCAGAUCCGUUCUAUGUUAUAUGAUAUCCAGCACCAGAUACAUUCUCUGAGGGUUUCUGUUGACCAGUCUAUGGAGGAUUUAAAUGGUCCAUCAGCAGACAGCCCUCCUACAACCAGCCAGAGGGUUGGUAUUCCUAAUGAAGAUGACCCUAGUGCUCAGCCACCCAGCCUUGGUCCUAGUGAUAACGUGUCCUCUCUGCCUCUGAUUCGUCACUGGUCCAGAACAAGCCCCAGGACUGUAGCCCGGCUGCAGCGGGGACCUUUUGGAACCAGAACACGUUCUAGACAUUCCCACAGACCCUGGGUGAUGUCUCCGUGCAUGCUUCGUCGCAUUCCUCGUCGCCGUGCUGUCCGCACUCGUCUUACUUUACCUGGGCUAUCUGCAUCCCAUCAUGGAGCAAGUGGAGCACUGGGAGGGGGGCUGGACAGGACAACCUCUCCAACAAGAGGAUUAAUAGAACCUGGAGCAUCAGCAUCAGGCACCGGAGCAGUGAUUGGGCCUCUGCCAACACCACCACCUGAUCAAGGAGAUUCUGAGGAACAACCCAGGGAUAUAGUGCGCAUUAUAUCUGGCAACCAGUAUGGUGCACACACUCGCACACAUCCCCAGAUAUUACAUCAUUCGUUUGAGCGACUUCAGGAACGGUUACGAGAAAGACAAGAAGCGUUAGAACAGCAGGAGAGACGUCUACAAGGCUUCCUUAAUGCAUCAUCACCUGCUUCAUCUACAACAUCAUCUGUAACUUCAUCUGCAUCCCAGGAUCAUGAAGAAGACCCACCAAGUCCACCAGAACAAUAUCGUCGAGCUGGUCCGCCAACUACAUCCUUAGCAUCAAGAAUUGCAAAUAUGAUAGCUCAUCAAGUUGCUAAUGGUGCCAGUACAAGUACUGCUGGUUCAGAUCAUGAAGGCACAAAUCACCAAAAUGAAACAUCUGAUACCUCUACAACCAUGAAUGAUAGAUCAGCAACACGUGCACUAAACAGGAAUGCAGCAGGUUCAUCAACUAGGUCUCCUGCUAGUUCAACACGUAGACCUCCACAUCGGUCUUCAGACAGGCCGCUGAGUGUGCCAGAUAGACCCAAUGUAGAGCCAUCCUCAAGUUCAUAUGACAGAUUAAAUGAAAGGAGGUCAAGUGGGAGAAGUGAUGGGCCAUAUGAUAGGUUGUCAGACAGGUGGUCAGAUUUGGAUAAUAAUGGGCUGCCAGUGAGAAGCUGUGCUAGACAGCAUGGUAGAAAUAGUGAGAGAUUGUCUGAAAGAACAAUGGAAUCAGCAAGUCCAUGGGGUGGGCUUCCCCCUUCUCGAAGGCCUGUUCCUCCAGGACCUCCACCAACAGUACCCCCGCCUUUGCCGCAGUUGGAUGAGACUGAGGCCCAAAGCAAUGAUUUAAAUAAUAACUCUAGUCCAUGGCACAAUGCAAGGCGUCGCUUACGACAAGACAUAAUAAAUGCAAGGAGAGAUUCGGUUGGUCGUAUCCCUGGGAACUCUGGAGGUCCAGUUCGUUUACCCAUGGCAGCUCUUAGGUCUCGUCACAUUACUACUGAACGAAUUUUAUUAAGAGAAGGACUCCGAAGGGAGAGAAGAGAUCGUUACAGGCAAAUUCUGCAGAGAAUGGCUGACCGCCUGAACAGUCUUGUAAACCAAGAACAAGAACAGCAGCAGCAGAGGCAGCAGGAAAGGCAUCAGUCCUCAGACUCUGCGGAGGGAGAGCAAGAUAGUUCUAGCAGUUCAAUGGAUAACCACAUGCAGAAUUUGCGGCUAUUAGUUCGAUUGGCACUUAACCUUAUUUACCAACUUCUGAACUUCAUAUGCAACCAAAACAUAUCGUAUGAGGAACGUCCCAUUUCAAGACUCCCAAAUCCAUUCCGAGAUGAGGAAUUGGGUGCAAUUGGUGAGAGACAAAGAGGUGAUCUUCCCCCACCUAUGAGUUUGGAUUUAGAGCCUGGUCUUCAUAAUUUAACUACUCUUCUGGAAACUGUGCGUAUGGCUAGUGAAGAAUUAAGAAAUGAUGGAGUAGGAGGCAGUGCAGGAGAGCCUGCCCCACCACAGGAUAGCACAAGACCCAUAACAAAUGUUCCAAGACGGCUAACAGACUUCCUGAGACGAUCAGGAAAUUUGGCACGUCAGCAGGACCAAAAUAGUAGGCAAUCUGGUUGGAGUGGCAGCUCUGGUGCAAACACUCCUCGGCCACACUUGGUGAUACCAAGGAUCACUCUCAGUGACCCCAACGGGAGUGAGAGUCAAGUAGAGGAGGAGAAUGCUGCAGCAGCAAUAGUUUCAUCAUCAGCCUACAAUGAUGCUGCAGAAUUUAGUACAAGGUCUGUGGCAGGAGUGCCAUUAAGGCUGCUUGGACGUCAGUAUGCUGUAGACAGACGAAGCCCAGACUCAGAAGAUUCUCCAGGUCCUCCUGAUGGGGUUCAGGAGGGGCCAAGCCAGCCUUCAGAUCCACCAUUCCCAUGGAGAGGUCUUCUAGCUCCUUAUGAUAUUGGACUACCAAGAGCAGAAGUGAGCUUCCGUCCGAAUUUAACAAGGGCACCACCAGAUCGAGCUGCUGAAAGAGAAGCUGAUAAUUUCUUUAGUAGACCUUACUUUGCACAGCACUUUGGAGCAACGAGGAACAUGUCUGCAUCAGUGGUUACGCAUCGGAUUCAGGCUUGGGACUUUACGCAUUACAAUAUUCCUGAAAUUUCUGACAGUGCUGCUAAUGUGGUUGUUAGAAAAUGUAAAAUCCACAAUGAUGCGAGUGUUGACAUCUCGGUUGAUGGAACCAUGUUGGCUGCCCUUGUGCCAGAGAGCCAGGCCAUGACCAUGGUCGGUGUUUACAGCUUGAGAGAAAAGUCACGUGGGCAACUUCUCUAUAGCUACAUUUUUGCACCCAAUACCAUCUGUGUCAGCCUCUCUCCAGUGGCACGGCAUUUAGUCGUUGGAUUUGCAUCACACACACCACGAUUUGUUUCACAUCAUAACACCAAGCAGGUUGUCGCACAAAUAUACAAGUUAUGUGACAAUCCUAUGUUUUAUGGCCGAGGACAAGCAGGACACCUACAGUUUCUGAGGGAUAUAGAAGUCAUGAGUGAUCACCGGCACACCUCUUUGAAUUGCAUCCGAUGGCUCCCAUACCCAGGCCAGGGGCUCAUCUAUGGCACCAACAGGGGGCAAUUAAAUAUCCUACGUUGAUCCAGCAGUUUAUUUCUGCAAGCUUGAAUUUUUCUUACAAGUUUCACUCACACAAGCAUUGUGAAACAGUAGUCCAUCAUACCCCAUUAACAAUACAAAGACCUGUGAUAUAUGAAAUUGUCACUGUAAUAGUAAUGUAUCUCCAGGUUGAUGUACUUUUAUUUUUAUUUUUUUAUUGGAGGGCAGUAAUUCAGUUUAGAUAAAUAUUUAUUUGUGUUAAGCAUUAAUUAGUCUCUAGGUUUAUUUGCUAUUGAAAUUUACAGAUAGUAAUGUAAAUUUAUUCUUUUAGACCGGGUAACUUUCUGUUGUUGAAAUGUUUGCUUUUUAUGAAACUUGUUAAACACCAGAAGGUUCAGAAGUAGCAUAGUAUAUGUUCAGAAGAAGACCAAUAUUUGUAUCCUUUUCCAGUUAAAAGUGUGCAUUAGUAUGAUGGGUUUGCAGAUUUAAAAUAUUGUAAAUUGAAUUACUCUUUCUAUAUGAUCUUUACUGUGUAUUGUAGGUAUUUAUUUAAUGUUAAACAUUGCAAUGAACAGUUAAGUUAUUUAUGUGCCAUAUAGAUAUGGAGAGUGUUAUUAGAAUGUAUACAAUGUAAAGAUAUUUUAUGUUUUAGAUCCAUCAGAAGGAGCAAUGAUUUUUUAAGGAGACAAAAAAAAAAGACUAAACAAUUUCUUCAUGUUAAAAUAAAUAAGAUACUAGUAUUUACAAGUACCACUGAAUUAUCUGUAUACUGAUAUACACAUUGUAUACGGUAAUAGAGGAAAAUAUUAAACUACUAUAGAUUUUCGUAUCUUGUUUGACAGUUUAAUAUUUUUUUUGUGUUGUUAAAUGCAUAUAUUUUUUUUCUUGUUUUAUUUAAUCAUCUUAUAAUGCAACUGCUUACAUUGUCAUUGGUCAGUAAUAUAUGGUGGAGAUGUGUAAAUGAAUUUUAAAUAGUACCAAAGAUUUGUUUUAUCUUUCUUUUCUCUUUUUUCCUGGACUUAUCUUUUAGAUAUUUCCACAGUUGUUAACAGGAAAUGACACACCAUCCCACAGUAUAUCCUCACUGCUUAUACAGGAAAAUGUAUAUAGUUCAGUACCAGUGAAAAACAAGUUAUUUACUCUGUUUUUUAUAUGAUUUAUAACUUCCUCUUCCAUUGGCAUUAUGCUUUUGGAGUAUGAUGACUUAGAAUCUGGAAUUAAAAUCCUGAAACCAUGUCACGUAUAUUUAAAAACAAAAGUUUAGUUUGUUCUCACUCUUUUAGGCCUACAGUUUGUUUCUUCAUCUGUAUGUUCUUGUAACAGAAUUACAUGCACUAAAGUAAUAUUAAAUAUGUGCAUGUUAGGGUUCAAGGUACAUUGAGGUUAUGGCACAAGGAUGUUUUACAUAUUUUUUGUAGAUUUUUUUUCUUCUUAGUUUCCUAUUCUUUCCUCUUCUUUCUUUUCUUUCAUUUUUCUUCUUUCCUUUUUUCUUUUUCACGUGUUAUAUGUGUGGGCAAUAUUUCAUCUCUAAGUUUCACUUUUGUACAGUAAUCCUGUGCUCAUACAGGAAAUUGUAUUUAGGUAUCAGUACCAGUGAGGUGGAAUAUAUUUUCCUUUUUAUAUGUAAUGUAUUAUUUUCCUUUUACACAUGAUUAUGAUAUGGGUUAUUGAGAACAUGAUACAGCAUUUAAAGGCCAAGUUACUCUUAUUGAUGGAUUUUUAACUCUAAAGCUGCUUUAUUCAUUAAGGUGAAUUCUAAGUGUGUAGUACAGCAACUUGAAGGAAGUCUUUACUCUGGUGUUUUUUAAGGUUCCAAAUCACAGCAUUUAUAAAUUAGUUAUAUUUCUGUUGUGGUUUUUUGUCAUAAAUAUAAUUUAUUUUGUUACUUGGUUGUUUGACUUGACAAAAUAAUACUUCAUUAUUUAUAAACCUAAAGGGACAUGUGUACACAACCAUAAGCACCAAAUUUCAGAAUAGAGCUGCCAUUGACCAGGUUAGUGAACACCACUAAUUAUCUGUGUCGGGAUUGCAGUUGUCAGCAAGUUUACUUGGAAAGAAGCUUCUGAUCAUGCUAUCCAUGUUACUCAUAUUUCAUAAUAUUCAUUAUUGACAUACGUGAAUUCACAGGUGCAGCCAAGGUCAUAUGUUUCUUAACGCUCUUUUGGGAUCAGGGAUGGAUGGCAACAUAGGAAUAGGAUUUUUUUUUUAACCCAAUGCCAAUGGGAGCUUCAUGCACUAUAAUGCACACUAAGUGUAUCCAGCUGCUCAAGGGAAUAUUAGGAGAAUAUAACUUUCCCUCUUUUUCUAUGCAUUUGGCUAUAGCAUAUAUGAUUAUACAAUGAAGAAGGCUAAAAUGCGACUUCAAACUUACAGUUGAAGGGCCGUAGCAAAACAAACUAACAAUUGUUUAGUGCAAACAAUGUUAGUGGGCUCUGCAUGUGGAGCAUAAGUGUACAUACCACCUGGAGAAGAGGCCAUCCAUGCCAUGGCAUGUAUGUACAUGCCACCCAUUGGCAAAGGAUUAAUGAAUGAAUGAAUGCACCUUUUUUAAUGAACGAAAGUAUAUUGAUUGAAUGCCUGAGAUCUUAGCUUAAAUAUUAGCUGAAAAAAUUGUCUUUGUAAUGAAAUAUUGAAUAAUAAGUAAUGUAAUCUGUUUAUGGAACUAGUAAGUUAUAUCAACAAAAAUGGGAAAUUAGUAAGAUAUAAAAACAAUAAAAGCAUGGAAAUGAAGAUGAUGUGAAUUUAUUAUGCUUCUUAAGUCCAUGUGUCUAAAAUCCAAUGUAAGUCUUUGAGGGCAAAGGAUAACUCGUAUCUUCUACUGUUCCCUUUCAAAAAGGAGGUAUCAUCCUUAAAUGAAUGCCUGCUAUGGCCUUGACUCGAUUUCUUAACAGUUUCUAAGGUUCUGUAUCUUUUUGUGGCUAUAGCUGUGGCAUGAUGAUGUAUAGCCCUGUGAAGUCAUAUCUUAUAUAUAUACUAUGAAUAUGGUUUCACCAAGCUAUAUCAGUGAAUUUCUAUUUUUUUGUUAAACAUGUGCUAUAAUUCAGAUGUAUUUCCUCUCCUUCGUCUCCCCCAUUGUCUAAUACACUUGAACUCUGUUUGAUGGAGUCGUUAACUUUUAUUUUGUUUUCACUUGCAAGUGAAAAAAUACAUUUCAAACUUCUGUGGCACCAGACAGGCAAAAAGUUGGCAACAGGUAUGAACUAUAGUGUACUUUAAUAGCAGACAAAAAAUUUCACAUACCAUUUCAGUUGAAGCUGUGCUUUUCUGAAAUAUAACCCUAAUGCUAAAUGAGGUAUGAUGAGAGAAAUUGGUGUUAUGUAUGUAAUGUUUGUUUUCAGUGAUUACAUUUUUUGUUGGUGAUUGAAGUAUACCACCGACAAAUACUUCUCAAACCCACAUCACAUUUGUAAUGACUAAUCAUAAAUGUCUGCAUCCAUACAUAAAAAAUGUUAUUUGCAGUACUCACUAUACCUUUGUUGCCAGAUAUCACUAAUGAAGACCAGGAAAUGUUGAGAAAUAUAUAACCACAACUGCACAUGUUCAAGUAUACACAGUGAUUAUAGCUAAGCAAUUACUCUUGCCUUACAUACAAGGGCUAUAUAUAUGUAUAUCUAGGCUUGUUUUAUGUUAAAUAUUUGUUUUUGUACGUAGGAGGAUACCACCGUAUGUAAAUGUUCAUAAUAUAUCCUGAGAUGGCCUUAGACUUCUAAAUUUCUUGCCCUUGAUGCCUAGUGUAUCUGAACUCUACUAUAGAGGUGGGUUGGUCUCUCUCAGAGAUAAUUAUCAGUAAGCCAAUGUUUCAUGAAGACUAACCAUCCCUUCAAGCACUAUAUGGGUGAUGUCAUGUUGAAUAAAAAAUAAUGGAAAA